UGAGCAUGGGGAUUUGCACCAAAUUUCUGGCUUACCACAGGAUCUUCAUCAUUAUACUAACACCGCUUUUGUUGCUGCCUCUGCCAUUGUUAAUCCAGACAAAGGAAGCAGAAUGUGCAUACACGCUGUUCAUAGUGGCUGUUUACUGGCUCUCCGAAGCAAUGCCUCUUGCAGUAACUGCCCUCAUUCCUGCAUUGAUGUUCCCACUGUUUGGAAUUUUGAAGUCCAAAAUGGUAGCUGCAGCUUACUUUAAAGACUUCCACCUUUUGCUAAUUGGAGUGAUAUGUUUAGCGACGUCCAUUGAAAAAUGGAAUCUGCACAAGCGUAUUGCUUUGAGGAUGGUUAUGCUGCUAGGAGUCAAUCCAGGCUGGCUUAUGCUGGGGUUUAUGCUUAGUUCAGCCUUUCUAUCCAUGUGGCUUAGCAAUACCUCCACAGCUGCCAUGGUGAUGCCUAUAGUUGAAGCUGUCAUUCAGCAAAUUUUAAAAGCCGAAGCUGAGGUUAAUACUAUUCAUAUGAAACGCAUGAAUGGAACAGCAAAUCCAGGUCUUCAACUCAAUGAGGAUGAAGAAAAACAAGAGCAUAAUGGAGAAAUUAUAAGAAAUGAAACAUCUCAUAACACAAUGAAAGAUGAUCAAGAUGAUACGCUGCAUCAAAAUAUGGUGUCUGCAUCAGAGAUGCAUGGAAAGUACAGAAGCAAAAAAGAUCACAUGAUGUGCAAGGGAAUGUCUUUGUGCAUUGCAUAUGCAUCCACCAUUGGAGGAUUAACUACGAUCACAGGAACAUCUACUAACCUUAUUUUUGCUGAGCAUUUCAAUAACCGCUAUCCAGAUUGCCACUGUAUAAACUUUGGAUCCUGGUUCCUUUUGUGUUUCCCAAUAAGCAUAAUCAUUCUAAUUCUGUCAUGGGUUUGGCUGCACUGGCUUUUCCUUGGAUUUAAUUUUACUGGAAUGUGCAACUGUUCCAAAGAGAAAACAGUACGGGAGCAAGCAUCUGCUCGAGUCAUCAAAGAAGAAUAUAAGGCUCUGGGCCCGAUGAGUUAUCAGGAAAUUGUUACACUUAUCAUAUUUAUCCUUAUGGCACUGCUUUGGUUUACAAGAGACCCAGGAUUUAUACCUGGAUGGGCAUCCCUCUUUCCUGACUACAAAGGUUAUGCAACUGAUUCUACAGCAGCUUUGGUUCUUGGCCUCUUGUUUUUUAUCAUCCCAGCACAUAUGCCAACUAGUCCUUCAUCAGGAAAGAAAAAUGACUACUCCUAUUCAACGCUGAUUAGCUGGAAAGAAUUUCAGGCUUGCAUGCCCUGGGAAAUUGCACUUCUUGUUGGAGGCGGCUUUGCCCUGGCUGAGGGCUCAGAGGUUUCUGGUCUGUCGGCUUGGGUGGGAAGUAAACUAACUCCAUUAGGAUCUCUUCCUCUGUGGGUGACCAUUAUAGUCUCUUCAUUAAUUGUAACCACCAUUACUGAGAUUGCAAGCAAUCCAGCAACUAUAACAAUAUUUCUGCCUAUUCUAUCACCAUUGGCUGAAGCCAUCCAUAUUAAUCCUCUUUAUAUUCUGAUACCCACAACGCUGUGCACCUCGUUUGCAUUCUUGCUCCCUGUCGCCAAUCCUCCAAAUGCCAUUGUCUUCACCUAUGGGCAUCUGAGAGUAAUAGAUAUGGUAAAAGCUGGCCUUGGAGUUAACAUUAUUGGAGUUGCAGUUGUCAUGCUUGCUGUUUCAACCUGGGGGACCACUUUUUUUAAUCUGAAAGAAUAUCCUUCCUGGGCACCUGCUGUUCCCACUGUUAACAUAACAGGCCCAUGAACACUCAAAGACAUAUUCAACUGAGCUUGUUUUGAAGCAGCUAUGAUCUGUGUUCUGACUGUACAACAAUUUGCAAUGUUGAAGGCUGUACCCCCAGAGACUUUAAUUUAUGCAGAUUAUUUCUGCCAAAUGUACCAUUUAGGCAAAGCUGGGGAAUUUAAGAUUUAGUGUUCAAAGUACUUAGAUGGAACUGGUACUGUUGCCAUAUUAUUGGUAGUAUGAACUGCAUUUCAACACAUUCAGCGCUGUACUGCAUGUAAAAAUAAUUUCAAAAGGUGAAGUGGGAAAUGUCAUCAUUAACGGUAAUGAAAACAUACAAAUAGUAUAAUCUGUGAGACUGUCACUGAAGUGCAGUUGGCAGUGCCUGGGCAUUUUUUUAAUCUUCCAUUAGUUUUUAUUAGAGAGAACUCCCUCACAAGCUUCAAACUGUACUUCCAGGAUCAUUGAAGCCCAAUUGCUGUCAAAUCCUGAAGUAUUUGUUGUGUUUUAAUUGGAUCACUUCACUUAUCUUCAGACUACAAGCACAAGUUUAAUUUCAACUUCUAACUAUAGAGUACAGUUUCCUUCAAUGGAGUGCUGCAUGUGUUAUGAAAGGAAACCAGUCAGCUGUUGUGGAAUGGAUAGCACUGCUGCUCAUAUGUGUUUGGCACCUAUCCUACUCAUGUUUGAGUGGGUGUCACUCCAGGUCCAAUGUUUAUUCCCAUAUUCCUGUUAGGCUAAUUGUAAACUCUAAAUUGGCCAGGUUUCGUUGGGGUUGACAGGCAUCCUUACCAUAGAGAAUUUCCUCUGCUUGUCAUCGUGGAGGAAUCACGUUAGCUUUAACUGCCUGAGGUGGUCCAUCGCAAGACACUCCACAAACCGUUUGUGAUCAUUUCCCAUUGAGUACCAUUGUGAAUCACAACUCUGUGCAACCCAAAUUCAGACAAGACACAAUACAUAGUUAAGAACCUGUGGUCAGAGGGAUUGAUUGUUAUUCCCUUUAAAUAAAACUCAAACAAAAAGUUGCUGGAUGGUCGAUUUCGUCACCCAAAAAAGAAACAAGACAGUGCAGGUACAGAGCCUGUUUUUUAGUUUCUACUGAAAAACCUGUUGAUGUGUCACUUUUGUCUGAGAAUGAUGAGAUGGCAGGGGCAGGUUUUGUUUUCCUAAUCUCCAGCCUCCAGAAAAUACUUAAAAAGAAUAUACAGUCAAAACUAGCAUAGCAAUACUUUGUUGUUAUGCUUUGCUUUUGAAACAAAAAUGAUGGAAUUGCUCAACAAGUUCAUAAGUAGUCAUUUAUGUUCAGAGGAAUACCUAAAAGUCAACAAAGAAAGCCUCAAUAACCGGAAAUCAGUGAAAGUUGUUUUUUCGACAAGGAACAUGGUCACAUUCACUGUGAAGCAGUCAAUCAACACCUCUUGUAAAGUGUAAGGAUUGUGUAUUAUUCAAACGAUCAUGAUUCUGAAAUUCAUGUCAACAAGUCAAAUGUUUCUUUUUGAAUUUAGUCAAGUGAAUACGUUCACUUAAAUAUUCUGUGUGGUUUACAUACUUCCUUCUUUUCUUUAAAGUUUGAAUGACUUCAUCCAGUUAUGUUUUUAUUGCAAAAAAAAAGUAAAGGAGCUACAUAAUGAAAGGAAUCUCAUAGGUAGUGUGGUGGAGAACUGCUGUUUGUAACCAUGGAGAUGUUUCUUUGAAGAUAUGUUAGCAGAAAAUGAUUGCUUUAGGCUCACACCAAAGAGUACAAUAUAAACGAAAGAAAAGGUUAAGUUUUGGAGCCACAUUGAAAAUCUGUAAACUGCCAUUUUGAAAUGUUUUUUUUUUUAACAGAUUUAAAAAUAAUGGAAAAAAAAUCUGCAGGUGUAAUAUGAGAAGAUAUAUCACAUAAUAAGGCUGAAGUAUAAAAGUAUUGAUUUAAUUUUAAUUUAUUUAAGAAUAAACAAUUACGUAAUUCUGAUAGAGUGAAUGUGAAUUUCCCCUUGGGAUUAAUAAAGUAUCUAUCUAUCUAUCUAUCUAUCUAUCUAUCUAUCUAUCUAUCUAUCUAUCUAGAAGAGGAAGCUGAAGAAAAUGGACAGAUGGAUGGAUAGUGGGAUGAAUAUGAUGAAUGCAUGGGGGAAUAAGGGAUUACAAACAUUUCAAAGAGUGAAGAAAGUGUUUUCUACUAAUCUUGGGACUUGACAUUUGGAUCGCAGAAUCAUCUCUCUUCCGUGUUGUCAGGAUUCUUCUGAUUCUAGUUCACUAUUUUGAAGUUAGCCUGCUUUUACUUUUUUUAGUGUUUUUACAAAUUAAGAAUGAUUCACAAAGCAAGCUAAAAAAGAAGUUAAAUAUUUGCUUUCUUUAAUACCAGUUCUUUGAGCUGGUAAAAUAUUAGUAAACUUAACAGUACAUUUUGUGGAGAUUUCAAUGCUUUAAACCAUUAACCACAAAAUAAAACACAUUAUUUGUAAAACAUUCCACAUCCUGGUUCUUUUCCAAGAAUGAGUAAAUAUUUAGUCAUUCUUUGUCAAGUUAAGCCUUAUUUGCUCUACUGAAAAAUAAUAUUUUAUAAUAUCACUUCAUUCAAUUUAAUAUUGGUGCUAUUUAUUUCCAUUUUAAUGUGCCAUAUUCUUUUGUCAUUUUCAUAUGUUUGUACUUAAGGCAAUAGUUUUGUAAAUGCUACUUUUUUUUCUAUUUGUUGUAAUAAAUUCCUAUAAAUGUUAACUUAAGCAUAAUUUUUAAAGUCAUAAUGAAAUUUUCUUGCUGCUUUAUAUAUAAGAUUUGUUUUAGCAAUUUUCUUCAUUUUGCUAAUGCCUUUUUAACAAUGAAAAAGACAAAAGGACAUGUCAGGAGGCAGACGUUACUUGACAAUGAGAGAUUCAUAUUGCUCUACCAAACGUUUGAACAAAAAAGUUUGAAAGAAAAAGUAAUUGUGUAAUAGGAGAAAAUAUAUAUCAUGCAGAUUAAAGUACUUUAUUUAGUCUGGCAAGGUCAGGAAUGACACCUAAAGCAAAAAUGAAGGUUUACAUUCUUCUUAAUAGGGUAGAUGUAACCUUUUGCUGUGCAAACACCUCCUUCAUAAGCAUUCAGAGGAAUAUUAAUAUUCCAAUAAGUGUAGGAAAAUUCUUUUUAAUAUGGUGUUCUUCAUAACUCCACCAUUAAAAGACCCCUUGCAAAUCAACACUUUCACAGUUCAGGAUGAAUAAUACAAUGGAAGAAGUUCUGCAUUUUUAAGCCUGGAGCUUCAGAAAGAGGAAUUACAUGUUAAAAUAUUCUUGUAAUUUUUGUUCAUUUGUGUCUCAUAUGUUGUAAAGAGGACUGUUUUAAGUUAUUUUUAUACAUAUACUGUAUAUUUCAGAUUGGAAUUUUCACAGCUAUAACAAUAAAUAUCAAUGAGAAUAUUAAGCUGUGUAAAAUGCAUUGAGGUGUGUAUU